AGAAAUUAAGACGCGUAUCAUAAAAAUUGCAUUUUUUGGCGAAUAUAACAUUACAAGUUCACAACAGAGGGCAAAAGUUUGACAAAAGAUAAGAAUUUUAGAACACUUGUUUAAAUUUAACCAUUAUUCACAGAGGCAAAGCCCUCUUUUUAUGCGGAGUAACAUAAUCGCUAGUGCCACUGCGGUGUAAACAAAAGCCGCCAUUUUAGAGGACUAGUAGAGCCAAACGUGAUAGACAAUAUUAAUCAAGGAUACCAAUCUUAGAACUAUGGCAGAAAACAAAUAUGAUUUGUUGCUUGUUAAGACAUUAACAGAUAAGAAGAUCAGAGAGAAACCAUGGUAUAAAGAGAGGAUAUAUACAAAAUAUAUCAAGUCGUUGAAGCCUACAGACACAUCAAAAAUGUUGAUAGGAAAAGACUGGAUGUUUAUAAAAGAUGGGCUAGAUGAUUUCCGAGAUGGAUUACCACCCCAAGUAGAUGAUGGGGAUAUAAUGAUAAAGUCAAGCAAAGGACCAGCUCCAAAUCUAAUGGGCAGUGAGCACAGCACCCCAGUCAAACAGCCAGCACAGAGGAGGAGGUUCAAUAAAUAUGAAGUUUGCUACUCUAGAGUGACACCACAAAUGCAGAAACGCAGGGAACAUAUAGAUGAGAUAGAGUAUGGAUUAACACAGCACCCCUUAGCUUUAUAUCCCCAUUUAGAGGAAUGCAUGCCACCAGAGUUAUUUGAGGAGGUGGUAGAUAUCCUAGAUCCUGAGAUGAAUGUGGAUCCUGGCGAUGAAUCUGAUGACAGUGAAUCAGAAAAAUCAGAAUCCAUGGACCAAAAAGUUGACGAGGAACCACAGAAUGAGCAGGAAGAGAUGGAGGAUGAUAGGAUUAGAAACCCAUAUAGAUGGUUGCCAAGAAAAGAAGAAAAAGAGAAGAAAGAUAAAAAGAAACAAACGGAUAAGAGGCCAAGUUCUCCAUCACAGGAUGAACACAUCAAAACAGUUACCAAAGACUUCUGUGAUUGGGUGGCAGGCUUAGGAGGAGAGAGCAAUAAAAACAACAUAGAGGAGUCAACAAUUACUAGUUUAUUUGCCAGUGGAUAUGAGACCAAGCCAGCUUUGUCUGUUCCAAUCCAUGUUGUAGAGUUAACCAAUGUGCCACCAGAGUUGAGGCAGUCGGCAGCAGUGCCACUAACACAACAACAAAAUAACAAAAAUUUGCCAACAGCAGAACAAGUUAAAAAAGAUUGGAUACAUUCAGGAAAUUAUGAACCAAGCUGGGUACCUCAUAAAUAUGGUGCUUGGUAUUUACCCACAAAACUUUGGCAAAAGCGCCCAGUAGAUGAACCACUUCAGGAUCCUAAGGCAUUGAAAGAUUUAGAAAAAUCAGAAACUAAGAAAAAGAGCAAUGAGAAGGAUCAUGAAUUGGCACCUCUCCAUGGCUCCAAAGCAUUUAUGGAUUUUAUUGAUAGGAAAAAAGUAGUGAGAAAACCAGAGUUUCUCAUACAUGUGGCAGAGAUACAAAGAAAAGCUGCAGAGGAGGAGGCAGCCAAAUUAUCUGCUGAACAAAACAAAAGCAGACGGCAUAAUACGGCUAUAUCAACUCCAAGCACAAGAUAGUUCAUAUUCAUAUUAUUUGCUGAAUUCAUCAGUUUUUAAUUCAUCUGACAUCUCCAUCAUCAGUGACUUAUUCAUGAAUUCAUUUUUAUGAAAAUAUGUAAUAUAAAUAAUUGUAAGUGUAUCAUCUCAUUAGAUAUCAUUAAAUGUUGCCAUAAACUGUAGAAAAGCAUUAAUUACUAGACUAUAUCCCUUUCAGCAUAUGAAAUUUGAGAGAAACAAAUGUAUAGUUGUUCAUGUUUAUACAAUUGAUUAAAACUGCUGGACAGUUAUAAUGUUGUGAUAUAAUUAUAAUAGUGUGUAAAGCAAUUAAGGUUAAGAAAUGAGAGUAAAAGAGUGUUGAUGUAUUGUAGAUGCUAAUAAAUGAGAGUAUAAUGCUGA